AAUUUUUCCUGCUGUGAAGCCAACUUUCGUCUCCGGACAAGCAGCAAAAUCCACAUCUGCCGCAGAAAACCAAGAAGCUAUAGCAUGGACGCCGCUACCACGGCGACGGCGGAGGAGGAGGUCACCCGUUUAGAAGAUCUCCCGGAGAGCUGCGUGGCACACGUGCUGGCGCUCACCUCCCCGCGCGAUGCUUGCCGCUUCGCCGCCGUGUCCCCGUCCUUCCGCGAGGCCGCCGAGUCCGACGCCGUCUGGGAUCGCUUCCUCCCGCCCGACUGCCGUGCCAUCCUCCUGCGCUGCUGCUCUGGCCGCCCACCGCCGCUGUCGUCCAAGAAGGACGCCUACCUCCGGCUUUCUGACGGCGCCGUCCUGGUCGAUGACGGCGACACGGCGGUGUGGUUGGCGAGGGGAAGCGGCGCCAAGUGCGUGGCGCUGUCAGCGAGGAAGCUGAGCCUGCCGUGGGACGACGGCGAGUUCAGCUGGAGAUGGACGGCUCACCCUCGCUCCAGGUUCGCGGAGGUGGCGCUACUAGUGCACUGCACCAGCCUGGACAUCUACGGCCGGCUGCCGGCCGCUGCGCUGACACCGGGGACCGACUACGCCGCCUACUUGGUAUUUGACGUGGCCGACGAAGGCCACCGCGGCCUGAGCUUCCCGGACCAGGAGACCACAGUGGCAGUUGGAGGUCGUGCGGCGUCGCGCCAUGCUGUGUGCCUUCGCCCCGACGACGACGAGGCGUGCAAGUUCAGGGGCGUGGCUCGUGCGGACGGCGACGACGGAGUGAGGCGGCCGGCGCGGCGCGAAGACCGGUGGUGGGAAAUGGAGAUGGGACGGGUACGUAUCGAUGAAGCCAUGGCCGUGAAGGAGGAAGAGGUGAUGGUGACCUUCGAGGUGUUGGAGUGGUACCCCAAGCGCGGGCUUAUUGUCGAGGCCGUCGAAUUUAGGCCAGUUUGAUAUUUUGUGUAGAACGCAGCUAUGAGGCACGCCCGACUUAUACGACUUACUGUAUUAACGAGUUGAAUGUCUAUGUGUUGCAAACAUCAUGUGGUUGGAUGGCUAAGAGAACAGUGAUA